UUUUUUAAAUGAUAUUUAAAGAUUUCAGGAAAGAAAAAUACUCUGAUUGAGUAGUUGACUUAAAUUCUUGUCUAAAUCAAUUUCUAUAAAAUGGCUGCUUGGCAUGGCGUAAUAAGCUACAUUUAAGAUUUAUUCACUAUUCUCAAAAUACACCCAAAAUUGUGAAAUGUAUGCUGAGCACACAGGAAUGAAGUAUUUAUGGGUGCUGUUGUUGUUCUGUUCAAUUUCACAUUCAUUUGCGAGUGAGGCAACGUGCAAAUCAUGGCUUGUUCAGUCCAUUCCGACGGACAUGCCAGAGCUGGAGAGAGUACCUGGAGUGCUAUCUUCAGGGGACGUGUUACAAUGGAUUGCUGGCAACAGCAGCAGCAAAUUGGAUAUAAUAGCGCAGUACUGGGAGCUGCUGGCCCAGCCUAACAAUCCAAAAUCUGGAGAUUAUGGCUACUCUGCAGCUGACUUGGAAAGAUUAGGGGCACCCAUUGGCCGGGCUGUCUUCAAUUCCCUCCAGAGCGCAGCCGAUAGGAACGUUUCCAUUAGGAUAGUGCAGCACUCAGGAGUUGCUCCAGAAUAUGAUGAAGAGUCCGCACAACUUGCUGCAGGAAGGCCUAAUGUGAAAAACAGAACUUUACUUAUGAGUGAAUGGUGGGGAUCUGGCAUUGUCCAUGCCAAAGUAUGGAUAUCUGAUGACAAGGACAUCUAUAUUGGUUCAGCCAAUAAUGAUUGGAAAUCCCUUACACAGGUAAAGGAGUUGGGAAUCUAUAUUGUCAAUUGUUCCACCAUAGCAGAGAAGUUGGGGGUUUAUUUUAACAAUUUAUGGACUCUCACGUCUCUUAAUUCAUCUCUUUACACCAAAACUCUGUGGGAUAAAGAGUGGCAAGUUCGUAGAAAGGUGCCCCGUUGGUCGCAUUUCAUCCACCAGAGGCAACGUUGCAAGUCACCUCUUCCUAGCCGUGUUGAAACUCCAAGAGUGUUAGGCUAUCCUCCCUUGGAAAAUCCCUACAUGCUUCGUGUGCAUUUGGAUACUCCUGGUAGAAAGAAGAACAAAACUGGAUAUCAUUCUAGUUAUCUUUCAUUUGCUCCUCCUGAGCUUUCAUUCUACAGAUACCAAACAGAUGAACAAGGUUGGAUUGAUACAAUAAAAUCUGCUCGAUUUAAAGGAACAGUGAAAAUAAGUACAAUGGACUGGCUUGGCCAAUCUCUGUACAUGAAAGAAACAGUGUACUGGCCAACUCUUUCAUCUGCAAUAUCUCAGGUGGUCUUUUCAAAGCACGCAACCGUCAAAAUUCUAGUGGCAUAUUGGUCCCACACUCCGAAUAAUACAGAGCAGUAUCUCCAAUCUCUCCUCUACACAAAUGUACUGUGCUCAACAUCAUCAUACAACAAAUGCUCCGGGAAAGUGGAGAUCAAGUAUUAUCAAGUGCCUGGUUUCAAUGCAACUGGUGCAGCAACUGUGAAGGGAAAUAUCUACCCUGGGUAUACCAGGGUCAACCAUGGAAAAUAUGCAGUGAGUGAUGUUCGAGCACACAUUGGAACCAGCAAUCUUGUAUGGGAUUACUUCUACACUACUGCAGGAGUUAGCUUUGGUUCUUAUGAUCCAUCCAUUGUUGCACAGCUUACAGACAUCUUUGAUGCGGACUGGAAUUCACCUUAUGCUAUUCCAUUCAAUCCCAUCAUAAAUACAAUGUGAAAUAUUCUUAUUUCUCAAAUACCGUGACAAGUGUGAAUUGAUUUUUCUGGGACAGAACUUACAGAUUCUACAAUCAUCAAACAACUCUGAAGGUAUGAAAGGACGGAGUUGGAAGAUUUGUUUUCGUUUAUGUGGCUAAUAAACAAUAAUAAACAUAUUCAUUCACUUACGUGAUUAAGUGGGAAAAUUGAAUAUUGUUAUUUUUUAUUUAAUAUGAGCGUUUUGGUGGCAUGAAUAUAGAAGUUUA